AUGGCUCCAGUAACAACUACGAAGACUAUGGUGACGGGUAUGAAGAGAAAGUCGGCACCUGCGAAAGAAGUUCAUGUGAAGGAAAACAAAAAAGCGAAAAUCGAUUCGGGGAAGAUGGGAAAGGAAUCGAAAACUAAGGCUAAGCCUGUGAAGAAGGUCGAAUCUGAGAGUGAGAAUGAAGAAGAUUUUGAUUCCGAAGAUGGAGGCGCAGAUUUGGAAUCUGCAUCUGCAGAUGGUUCGGAUAAUGAUACGGACAUGAAGGAAAUUGAGGGCCUACAUCCAGACAGAGUUAAGGCCGUUGCCGCGAACAAUCAAUCAGCGAGAGAGGCACAUGCGAAACAAAAGCAAUUGGCGAAUGACAGAAAGGCCGCAAAACCUUUAGCAGAUCAAUUGGCACGUACGAAGAAAAUUUGGGAACGUUUACGCCGAAAGUCGCAUGUUCCAAAGGAAGAGAGAAAGCAAUUGGUCGAGGAACUUUUCGAACUCAUCACUGGCAAUAUCAAGGACUUUGUCCUCAAACACGACAGUGUAAGAGUCGUCCAGACAGCUGUCAAAUAUUCGAAUCCAGAGCAGAAACGAUUGAUCGCAAAGGAGCUUGCAGGAACAUACCGUCAAUUGGCCGAGAGCAGAUAUGCCAAGUUCUUGAUCGGAAAGUUGUUGAUACAGGGAGAUGAUGAAAUUAGAGAUCUCAUUGUUCCGGAGUUCUAUGGUCACGUUCGUCGAUUGAUUAAGCACCCCGAAGCUGGAUGGAUUCUCGAUGAUAUCUACCGUGGAGUAGCUACCAAGCAACAGAAGGCCAUCAUCCUCCGAGAAUGGUAUGGUGCCGAAUUCGCCGUCAUGGAGAGAGACACUUCCACGUUCUUAACCGGCGAACUCUCGGAAAUUUUGGCUGCCGAACCUGGAAAACGAGCAUCGAUCAUGCGAUACCUACAAGAAAUGAUCAAUCAUCUCCUGCAGAAGAAGACGAACGGUUUCACUCUCCUUCACGAUGCUAUGUUGCAAUAUUUCCUCAAUGCCAAACAAGGUACGGAGGAGAUCACUGACUUUAUCGAGUUAUUGAAGGGCGAUGAGGAAGCUGAUUUGAUGAAGAAUCUGGCAUUCACUAAGUCUGGAGCCAGAGUUGUUUGCCUUGCUCUGGUAUACGGAGGUGCCAAGGACCGAAAACAUAUCCUGAAGAUGUACAAAGAUACGUUACAAUUGAUGGCAGGAGAUCCAAACGGACACAUUGUCAUCCUCACCGCAUACGAAGUCAUUGACGAUACAGUCUUGACUGCGAAGUCUAUUUUCCCAGAAUUGCUCAGCAAAGAUGAAGAGAAGCAAGUCGAGAAUAUUAUGUUUUCCGCCAACGACCUCAACGCACGCACUACUCUUCUCUACCUUUUCCAAGGUCGCUCAAAAUCCUUAUUCCCAUCAAGCCAUAACUCAGAUCUCGAACUUCUGUCCGAAAUCGACACAAUCCGAACCACCACGUCUAAAAAGGAUCCUGAAAUACGUCGUCAAGAAUUAAUCAAGGCUCUCUCUCCAUAUCUUCUAAAGGCUAUCGCCUCCGCAUCUAGAGAACUCAUCGCCACAUCUUUCGGUUGUCAAUUCAUAACUGAAGUUCUCUUCGGCGCUGAAGGAGACAAAACAGCAGCUCUCGAAUCACUCGCCGAAGCGGUUUCGGGAGACCCAACUUACAUUCAACCUCCUGUCGAAGAAGGCGCAGUUAGCGAACAACCACCUUCCCAUAUCGCAAGCGCACCUUUCGGUGGAAAAAUGAUCAAAACUCUCAUUGCAGGUGGACGUUUUGACGCAGCCACUAAAUCCAUCGUAUCAGUUGUACCAGCCUUAAAUUUUGGGGAUAUUUUAUACCCGCAUAUCAAGGAGUAUAUCACUGAAUGGGCAACCGGCUCAAGUUCUUUCGUGGUUCUUGCAUUGUUGGAAUCGGAAUCUUUCGGAAACAAAGAUGAGGUCAAGGACAUUUUGACAGAGGAUAAGAAGAAGUUGGAGAAGGCGGCAAAGGAGGAGACCGUGGAACAGAAGGCCAAGAGGGAGGAGUUUGAGGCAAAGGAGAAAGAUAAGAAGGCGAGUGGAAAGGGUGCUGCAAAGAAAGGAAAGGGGGCAAAGGAGAAGGAGGUGGGUAAUAAGGGAUCGAGCAUGAUUUUGGCUAUGAUUUGA